CUCCUCGUCAUAAACUCUUUGGAUAUUUGCAAAAACUGUGUCCUUCCAUUCACAUUUCAAGUUGCCUUCUUCACUGGCCAUUUUACCAAAAUUUAACUGCCUCUUGAAGACUCUUCUGAGGUAUUUCAUCAAACAUUUUGUCUACUCUAUUUUAUUUUUAUUUCACCAUAAAUUUCAAUUCUCUUGAUCUGAUAAACCCUAACUUCUCCAUUUGAUGAUGCUGCUGAGUUGUACGCUAAAUCUGCCAAACAUUUCAAACUUGCCAAAUCCUGAGACCGAGCUAGAACACUUUGGUAGAAUCGGCAUUGCUGCGAGAUAUUGCAAGGAUUUUGGUGAGUUAUAUGAACUUGAGGAGAAUGAUGAGGAGGCUAUUCUAUUCUUUGAACGGGCGUCUGAAUAUUUGGAAAAUGCAGAAGCAACAACCUCAGCCAAAUAGUGCAAACUGAAAGUUGCUCAAUUUUCUGCUCAACAAGAACGAUACCAGAAGGCGAUUGAGAUAUAUGAAAAAAUAUGGAGUAAGAGGACCACUGCUUAAUGCUGGCAUUUGCCAUUUCUGUAGAGGUGAUGUUUUUGCAAUAAUGGAAGUAGCUAGGCACAAAUAUAUUGAUCCUGGUGUUGCAAUAAUAGAACCGCUUCUUAAUCCUACUCUUCUCUCUCACCAGUCCCUAACUCUUGCUCCAUUUUUCCUCAGUUCAUUCUUCGAGCUAGAAGCUACUUCAGCUGAAUCAUCACUAGAUGAAGAAGCUGAAGAUGACAACUAUAAAAUGAGGAAGCAAGGGAUGAAGAACCUAAGGAUGAGGAAGCCAGAGAUGAAGAAGCCAAGGAUGAGGAGGUUGCAGAUGAUAAUGGCCUCAAUCGCAAGAGAAUUCUAUUCUCGUUUGUUCUUUAUGUCAAGGUGGCAUGGAGGUGGGUAUUUCCAUUGUAAAGACACUAUCGGUCAACAUUUUUUGAGUUGUCAAAUUGCAGUAAUUGCAAUCAUUCCUUUUAUGUUAUAAUUAUUGUAUUUUUAUGCAUUAAUUAUGUUUGACUUCCUAUACUUGUUGAGCUUAAGGGUUGUGGUCAUUUGUUAUCGGCAAAAUAUGCCAAGAAGAGUCAUCAUAAAAUGAGCAAGGUAAAAUUUGCUCUGGGAAUUGAUGGUAUUAUACAUAUUUGCAAUAUUCAUUUUUAAACAUUGUAUUAAAAAAGUCUAUAAUUUUGUUGAAUCCUUUGGUUUUCUUUUUUAA